UUCUUCCCUCCCUCCAUCUCUCCAAACCCAGCGAGGGCACCACCUCGAUUAGUUUAUUUAGUCUGCUAAUUACGGUUACUAACCCAGUUAUUAUCUUCACGCAAAGCACUCUCUUGUGUAUCGACCUGUUCUCUGCGGUCUCUUCUCGAAUCGAAGCAAAGAAGGAGUUUGCUGUUGUUGAUUAAGUUUAGAAGAUGACGGUGACGCCGCAGAUCACGGUGAGCGAGGGGAGGCUGGCGGUGCGCGGGCGCACGGUGCUGAGCGGCGUGCCGGAGAACGUGGCGGCGGCGCACGCGGCCGGGGCGGGGCUCGUCGACGGGGCCUUCGUCGGCGCCGCAGCCGACGAGGCCAAGAGCCACCACGUCUUCACCUUCGGGACUCUCCGGGAUUGCCGGUUCAUGUGCCUGUUCCGGUUCAAGCUGUGGUGGAUGACGCAGCGGAUGGGCAGCUCCGGCCGCGACGUCCCUCUCGAGACCCAAUUCAUCCUCAUCGAGGUCCCCGCCGCCCCCGGCAACGGCGAGCCCGUCUACGUCGUGAUGCUGCCGCUGCUGGAGGGCCCCUUCCGCACCGUGCUCCAGGGCAACGACCUCGACCAGCUCCAGAUCUGCAUCGAGAGCGGGGACAAGGCGGUGCAGACGGAGCAGGGGAUGCAGAUGGUGUACAUCCACGCCGGCGACAACCCCUUCGACACCGUCACCCAGGCCGUCAAGGCGGUGGAGAAGCGCAUGCAGACGUUCCACCACAGGGAGAAGAAGAAGCUGCCGUCGUUCCUGGACUGGUUCGGCUGGUGCACCUGGGACGCCUUCUACACGGACGUCACCGCCGACGGCGUCAAGCAGGGCCUCCGCAGCCUCGCCGACGGCGGCGCCCCGCCGCGCUUCCUCAUCAUCGACGACGGCUGGCAGCAGAUCGGUACCGAGAACACCGACAAGGAGGAAGACGAUCAGUCCGGCGGCGCCGUGGCCGUCCAGGAAGGCGCCCAGUUCGCCAGCCGCCUCACGGGCAUCAAGGAGAACACCAAGUUCCAGAACACCAAGACCAACAACGACGAAAACAACACGGGAGGGCUGAAGCAGCUGGUGGAGGCGACGAAGAAGGACUACGGCGUCCGGAGCGUGUACGUGUGGCACGCCAUGGCGGGCUACUGGGGCGGCGUGAACCCGUCGCCGACCAUGGCGCGCUACGAGCCGUCCUUGGCAUACCCGGUCCAGUCCCCGGGCGUCAUGGGCAACCAGCCGGACAUCGUCAUGGACUCGCUCUCCGUCCUGGGCCUGGGCCUCGUCCACCCGCGGAAGGUGUACAGCUUCUACGCCGAGCUCCACGCGUACCUUGCCGCCUGCGGCGUGGACGGGGUGAAGGUGGACGUGCAGAACAUCAUCGAGACCCUCGGCGCCGGCCACGGCGGCCGCGUCGAGAUCACGCGCGCCUACCACCGCGCCCUCGAGGCCUCCGUGGCGAGGAGCUUCCCUGACAACGGGUGCAUUUCGUGCAUGUGCCACAACACGGACAUGCUCUACAGCGCGAAGCAGACCGCCGUGGUGCGCGCCUCCGACGACUUCUACCCGCGUGAUCCGGCGUCGCACACCGUGCACGUCUCCUCCGUGGCCUACAACACGCUCUUCCUCGGCGAGUUCAUGCAGCCCGACUGGGACAUGUUCCACAGCUUGCACCCGGCGGCGGAGUACCACGGCGCGGCGAGGGCCAUCGGCGGCUGCCCGAUCUACGUGAGCGACAAGCCGGGGAACCACAACUUCGAGCUGCUCAGGAAGCUCGUGCUCCCCGAUGGCUCCGUGCUCCGCGCGCAGCUCCCGGGCCGCCCCACCCGCGACUGCCUCUUCACCGACCCGGCCCGCGACGCCGCAAGCUUGCUCAAGAUCUGGAACCUGAACAAGUGCGGCGGCGUGGUGGGGGUGUUCAACUGCCAGGGCGCCGGGUGGUGCCGCGUCGUCAAGAAGACCCGGAUCCACGACGACGCGCCGGGCACGCUCACCGGCUCCGUGCGCGCCGCCGACGUAGACGCCAUCGCCCAGGUCCUCACCACCAGCGAUGUCUGGGACGGCGAGGCCGUGCUGUACGCGCACAGGGCCAGGGAGCUCGUGCGGCUUCCCCCAGGCGCCGCGCUGCCGGUGACGCUCAAGACGCUCGAGUACGAGGUGUUCCACGUCUGCCCCGUCCGCGCCGUGGGCGCCCAAGUCUCGUUCGCGCCGAUCGGGCUGCUCGACAUGUUCAACGCCGGGGGCGCCGUCGAGGACUGCACCACCGCCGGAGUCAGUGACGACGACGGUAAGGCCGUCGUGGCGAUCAGCGUGCGGGGGUGCGGCCGCUUCGGGGCGUACUGCUCGCGGAGGCCCGUGAGGUGCUCCAUUGACUCCAAGGAGGUGGAGUUCAGCUACGAGGAUGAAACCGGGCUCGUCGCCGUCGACGUGCCGGUGCCGGAGCAGGAGAUGUACCGGUGGGCGCUGCAGAUUCGGGUCUAGGCUCUCUGAUCCUACAAACAUGCUCGGAUCGUGUUUCAUGCAUUCAUGGGCGUGGCUGAAGCAUUCUCAGUCAGCCCAGCCGCCCGUUGGAUCGUUGGCACUGCUGAUGCUUGAGAUGGGUUGCGAGACAGAGUGUCACGUGGAGAGAGAUUAUAAUACGCUUUGCUCUUAUCACUAUCGCAUAUUCCCUCCAUUCCUAAAUACCUGUCGUGGUUCUGUCGUGGUUUUAGUGUAAUUUUAUACUAAAACCGCGACAACUAUUUAGGAACGGAGGAAGUAUGUAUGUUGUUAUCGCUGCUGCAUUGUUACUCUCUGGAGAUUUGAUGGAUACAAUAAAGGAUGGUGCUUCUUGUAAAUUGUACAAGUUCAUGAUCGGCAAACUUUGUUCUAGUAUGA